CUGAUUAAUACAUAUACUUAUCGUUGAUAAAAACAAUUUCUCUUUUACAAUCGAUAACUUUAUUUAUUGUUUACAAUUUCAAUGGCGCGAUAUGGCGACAUGUCAAAAUGGCCGAUCUCAAUAAGGAGCUGAACGAAUAUCUUCUCAAUAGCAAAAAUGAAAAACAAUAUAAAAUCGCCAUUCCAUCGGUAGCGAUAUCGAAAGCGAACUUUGGCAAAUGGUUCGGAAAAAGUAUCGACGAGACGGAGGAGAACGUAGGAUGGGUUCAAAAAUCGCAGAGAGAAUGUUGUCCUGCUAUGACGAGAACACAAAGACUCAUAUCCUUUGCUGUGUGUUUUUUUCUGGGAUUGUUAUGCUUUUGUCUAUCAGCGAUUUAUAUUCCUGUAUUAUUACUUAAAGCAAGAAAAUUUGCUCUACUUUAUUCCUUAGGAAGUCUCUUCUUUUUAAUGAGCUUUUGUUUUUUGUGGGGAUCAAGUUAUAUGAAAUCAUUAUUCCUAGCUGAGAAGAAGUACUUUACCAUAUUGUACUUUGCAACAUUAACAGGCACACUUUACUUUGCUCUGCAUUUGCAAUCGACUCCUUUGACAGUAUUAUGUGCUAUCUUGCAGUUGAUAGCUACAUUGUCCUUUUUAAUAAGUCAUAUACCAGGAGGUACAACUGGCCUUAUGUUCUUUACAAGAGUGUUUAGAUCGUCCGUAAAAUCAAGUUUACCUGUAUGAGAGAUGAUAUUACUAUGCUUAGAAUAUAUUUUAUUGUUUUAAUAAUAAUAAAAAG